CUAGCUGCCGUGCAAGGCCGCCGCCCCUCCCGGCCGCCUGGGGCGCUGUUUCGAGCGAGCUCGGUGCGCGCAGGCGCGGCAACUGCCGAUGCAGGCUGCCGGGUGCUCGGCGUUCUGUGGCUAUCGAUGCCUCAGGGCUCGAGGCGUCAGCCUGGCGGGCUCCAUCAUAGAGACGCGGCGGCAGGAGCGGCGGGGCGGAAGCGGGUCCGCCGGCCGAGGCCGGGCGCCGGGCCGGGGGCUGCACAGCCGGGCAGAGGCGGCCGCGGGCUGCCCGGGCAGAAUGUCACAAUGGACGAGGGGGGUGCGCCCCUGCUCCCUGACAGCCUCGUCUACCAGAUCUUCCUGAGCUUGGGCCCGGCCGACGUGCUUGCUGCUGGGCUGGUGUGCCGCCAGUGGCAUGCCGUGUCCCGGGAUGAGUUCCUGUGGAGGGAGCAGUUCUACCGCUACUACCAGGUGGCCCGCGACGUGCCCCGGCACCCAGCGGCCACAUCCUGGUAUGAAGAGUUUCGGCGGCUCUACGACACGGUGCCCUGCGUGGAAGUGCAGACGCUCAAGGAGCACACGGACCAGGUCCUGCACCUCAGCUUCUCGCACUCGGGCUACCAGUUUGCUUCCUGCUCCAAGGACUGCACGGUGAAGAUCUGGAACAACGACCUGACCGUCUCGCUGCUGCACAGCGCGGACAUGCGGCCCUAUAACUGGAGCUACACCCAGUUCUCCCAGUUCAACCAGGACGACUCGCUGCUGCUGGCGUCCGGGGUGUUCCUGGGGCCCCACAACUCCUCGUCUGGUGAGAUCGCAGUCAUCAGCCUAGACAACUUCGCCCUGCUGUCCCGCGUGCGCAACAAGCCGUACGACGUGUUUGGCUGCUGGCUCACGGAGACCAGCCUGAUCUCGGGGAACCUGCACCGCAUCGGAGACAUUACCUCCUGCUCAGUGCUCUGGCUCAACAACGCCUUCCAGGUGCGGGCGCGUGUGCCCCCUGCGGCUGUCGCCUCCUCGGCCUGCUGCCCACCUGCUGUCUCCCACCCCCAGGACGUGGAGUCCGAGAACGUCAACGUGGUAAAGCGGCUCUUCAAGAUCCAGAACCUUAACGCCAGCACCAUCCGCACGGUGAUGGUGGCCGACUGCAGCCGCUUCGACAGCCCGGACCUCCUGCUGGAUGACGGUGCCACCCCCGGCCGCGUCUUCGACCUGGGCGGCGACAGUGAGGACGAGGCGGUGGGCCCGGGGCCGGCUCCGGCCCGCACCAAGGAGGGCUUGCGGCGCUUCCUGGACGGGCUCCUGGACGGGCAGGCGCAGCCCCAGCUGUCAGAGCACGCGCUGGAGACGCAGGUGGCCGAGCUGCUGGCCCAGGGCCGCACCAAGCCCCCCGAGCACAGCACAGACGCUGCCCGCAAGCUCCUCGUCUUCACCACGGGCUGCCUCACCUACUCGCCGCACCAGAUCGGCAUUAAGCAGAUCCUGCCACACCAGAUGACCACGGCCGGGCCUGUGCUGGGUGAGGGGCGGGGCUCAGAUGCCUUCUUUGACGCCCUGGACCACGUCAUCGACGUGCACGGACACAUCAUCGGCAUGGGCUUGUCCCCGGACAACAGGUAUCUGUACGUGAACAGCCGAGCCUGGCCGAGCGGUUCUGUGGUGGCCGACCCCAUGCAGCCACCGCCCAUCGCAGAGGAGAUCGACCUGCUGGUGUUUGACCUCAAGACCAUGCGGGAGGUGAAGCGGGCUCUGCGGGCCCACCGCGCCUACACACCCAACGACCAGUGCUUCUUCAUCUUCCUGGAUGUCAGCAGGGACUUCGUGGCCAGCGGGGCCGAAGACCGGCACGGCUACAUCUGGGACCGGCACUACAACAUCUGCCUGGCGAAGCUGCGGCACCAGGACGUGGUCAACUCUGUGGUCUUCAGCCCCCAGGAGCAGGAGCUGCUGCUGACGGCCAGCGACGACGCCACCAUCAAAGCCUGGCGUUCGCCGCGCACCGUGCGCAUCCACCAGGCCCCGCGUCCUCGUCCCCACCCGUUUUUCUCCUGGUUUGCCAGCCAGAGGCGCUGAGGGGGGCGCUGGCCGACCGGAGCGUCCCGGGUGCCCUUGGGCCGCCGGGACCCGCCGAAGACGCCAGAGGCCCACAGCCCCUUCCCAAGGGUCCGGCCGCUGCCCAGACCGUGUGGUGGGCAGAGAAGCCGGGAACAGAACUGCCUCAGGGAGGGGGUUCAGCGGGGCUGCAGACGGGGCAGCCUGACCCCCGCCCGCCACGCUCACGCCCCACGCCACCUCCCACGGCCAUGACGUCCAGCACCGGGGCAGCCUCCUGGCUGGCGUGGGAUGCACCGGACGCUGGGGGCCCCACCCUUCACCCACUCUUUUUCCCCAGGGCCUGGGUCCUGGGGCGUCAGCACCACACGUGACCCGUGGCUGGCCCCGUGCGCCCCGAGCGGUGUUUCCUCAGGGAAUCGGUCUGUGCGGCAGCGGGGCCGACGGCACGGGUCAGUCUGCCGUGGGCCCAGGCAAACUGCAUGUCACCGGUCACCCGUUUGGGGCCCAAAUAAACAGCUGGCAACAGCA